UUAAACGUUUCUCUUCAUUGAAAAAGUAAACAUAAGCAGCAGUUAAAAACAGUUAUGGAGCCUGUUCCAACAUGGGACCAACUGAUUACAGGCCAGCUGUUGAGACACAAUGUAGUGAGUGGUGUACUCCUCUUAACCCGACAUGGUCAGCCUGCAUAUACUUACGGGGAACUGGACAUUGAUCCUACUGUGAAAGAAUCUCAAAAUUUUGUCAAGGCAUUCCAACAGACGCAGUCGCAUCAGACUUCAAAGAAUGACACCUUCACCAUUCAGUUUAAAAACAGGCAGCAAGUCAAUUUUACAGUCUACAAAAGGUCUCACUGCAGUAUCUAUGCUACAUCUUACGGGAACAGGGACAGUCUCAUCAUCUGUAACCUUCCCCAUGGAGUAAUGCUGUGUACUUCCCACCUUCCAACACAGGCAGGGCAAGUCAUCACACUGGUAGAGCACUUCUGUGACAUGCUUAGGGCAUGACAGGGCAGAACAGCCAUCACAGGGACAUCCAAGGAAUGUGGAUUGUCAGGCUUGAGGACAACCAAACAGAGCAGUUGUCACAGAGAUAUCCAAGAAAUGUGGAUUGUCAGACUUGAGGACAACCAAACAGAGCAGUUGUCACAGAGACAUCCAAGAAAUGUGGAUUGUCAGGCUUGAGGGCAACCAAACAGAGCAGUUGUCACAGAGAUAUCCAAGGAAUGUGGAUUGUCAGACUUGAAGACAACCAAACAGAGCAGUUGUCACAGAGAUAUCCAAGGAAUGUGGAUUGUCAGGCUUGAGGAGAACCAAACAGAGCAGUUGUCACAGAGAUAUCCAAGGAAUGUGGAUGCUCCUCAGUGUAUAAAAUUCACCAAACAUGACAGCUGUCAGAGAGAAAUGGUAGGAUGGAGGCAUGCUCAGUGCUUGGGGACUACCAUAGUCAACAGCAGCCACCGAGAUAUUCAAGGCACGCUCAGAGGAUGAGGACCACCAUAGUCAACAGCAGCCAACGAGAUAUUCAAGGCAUGCUCAGAAUGUGAGGACCACCAUAGUCAACAACAUCCAUCGAGAUAUUCAAGGCACGCUCAGAAUGUGAGGACCACCAUAGACAGCAGUUAUCACAAAUAUCCAAGGGUAGUAGAUGCUCAGGGUUUGAGAUUCUCAAAACAUGAUCAUUGUAAGAGAGAUUUCCAAGAGUGGAAGCAUUCUAAGAGUGCUGGAGGACUACCAGUGUUAAUAGCUGUCACAGAGAUGUAGAAGACAUACUCCAAGUUUAAAGAUGACCACCAAACAAAGUGGUUAUCAUAGAGACAUUCAUGUGUAAAGGCAUGGUGUGGGCUUGAGGGUAAAAAAUAUCAACCACAGAGGCCAAAGAAAUGCAAGGCAAGCUCAGUGACUGAAGACCGCCAAACCAAGCAGUGAUCAUGAUCACAGACCACUGAAGUGUAGAGGCCUGCUAACUCCAACAAUGUUAGAGGUUUUACACGGCGAGAAACUUUUGACCGUCGCAGUCGACAAAAUAAUAUCAGAUAGAAAAAAGGACUACCAGCGGCCUCUUAUGUUAUAGGAGUAGAGGCCUGCUGUGUGCUUCUGGGCCAACAAACUUAACUACAGUCAUAGAGAUGUCCAUACAAGGAUAGAUGCAUUCUCACAGUUUGAGGACACCAAACAUGGCAGCUGUCCCAGAUAUGUUCAAAAAUAGAGACAUUCUUCGGAUAUGAGGACAAAAAAUGACAAAUCACAGCAAUAUAUAAGGAUAUUGUCAUAGAUUUACAUAACACUCAGUCGGUGAGCAUUCAUUAUUAUCCAUAAUAGGAUGAUUGUGCAUCACAGUUACACUAUAUCAAUGAUCUUUGUAUUAUCAGGAUUGUGACAUCAUAAAUAACACACUGUAGUUACAGUGAUACUGAUCAUAGUUACAUUUUAUCUGAUGCAGAGUCUUGUAUAGUGAUGAUAAUGAUAUUAGUGCAUUAUAUACAUUACUGUUUGGGAUAUCAUUGUGUACUUUAUUACUUGUUUUAGUUACCUGAGCCAAAGUGACAUAUGUAAUAUAGUGUACUGGCAUCGGUCUUUUCUGUAGUUAUGUGCUAUGCAGUGCCUGCCAGUAACAGCUUACAUUGUUUUGUAUUCUAAUUCUAUUAAAGAACUUUAAAGACCCAGAGUCAAGAUAUUUGGCCAGUUACAAAACUUACUUUCUUGGGUAGAGACUAGGACCAUAUUUGUUGAAGUGAUUCGUUUGAUCCAGUUUUAAAGAUUAUUUAUUAGGAAUUGGACAUCUCAAAAUGUUUAAACAACUUCUUCUGCAUAACAAGGAUGACAAGAGACAUGAUUUUUGGCCUGAAGCUCAAUGCUGGAAUGAAGGGCUGUGGAUUUUAUUAUCUGAACGAUGACCUGGACUUAGGUCACAUGAGUAAAAUAACUUUGAAAAAAAAGCAAAGCCCAGUAAGGUAUGGCAUAACAAUGCUACAUAUAUUGAUGAAUUUGUGUAAAUAAAUUUCAGCUUUAUUUGAAUGUCACAAAUAUGAUAUUUAUUUAUCAACAGCUUUUGAUAACAGUUGAAUGAUACAGGUGAGGCCUAUAUUGGGCCUCUUGCUAUAGGUUAAAGGUUAAAGCAUAAAUAUGAUAUUUUGUUUGUGCCAAUUAUAACAGCAAUAUCUCGCAGAAAAAGUGUUCCGGCCGAUGGGUCUCUUGUUCCUGGUUUUAAGUGAUCUUUAUAGUUAAUAAUCAUUGAUCAAUUGAAGAAUAUUAUAAGUAAUAAAGGUAUGAUAUAAAACUUCAAAUAAGAAUUGCACAGCCAGCAUAUACAGUAAUUGAUUAUUAAGGUAUAUAUUGUGCA